UACCGUUUCAUAGCAUCAAUGACGUCCACUGAGAAGUUCUCAUCCCAUCCACAGUCCAGGAGGAAGCGGAAUUCAUCCACCUGCAGCAGUGACCACCAACAUAGCUGCAAGUUGGUAGAGUCCAGUGCCCUCUACCUAGCGGAUGAAGAGCUGAAGGCUACAGCUUGGUGUAAACAGAACCAUGGUCAACUUUGUAGCACUUGUGCGUGAGCACUGGGUGAACAUAUUGGUCCCCGCGGGCUUUGUGAUUGGAUGGUACCUUGACAGACUACAGGAUCAGAAGCUGACAACUUUCAGGAACAAAAGUGCUUUGUAUAGCAGGGAGCUGAAGCCUGGUGAGGAGGUGACUUGGAAGUAGACUACCCCUACCUUGAAGGUGGCCUGUCAACGACUGAUGGGUGGCCCUCAAAUCAGAAUAUUUAAGAUGAUACCUAUACCUCUUCUGUUGAGUUUGAUAUAUCAGUAGUCUUUGAGUUGUGUCAGUAAUUAAUAAACAUGCCCUUUUCAUCAAAAUCAUUUGGUGACUUUGGUUACAUAACACAGAAUCACUUCAUUAAAAAAAAAAAAA